GUCGAGUAAUGGUGCGGGUAAUCAUAUCCGAACUAAAAGUGGCCGUCAAGGGAUGGUAACUUAACACGAUAUUCCUCUGCGCGUUCAUCUGGGUUCAUAAUUUUGCCGGAGGGAAAUAUCUCACUCAUCACCUCCCCAUCACUACAUAGGGCGGGUGCCCGCGAGCCCCAAUUACCAUCCCCAUUAUAGACACUACCCAAGAAUCUAAGCGUUGGGUUAGUCCCGCUUAUGGGAGAGUAAAAAGAUCGGCCUAAUAAUUACUCGUAUUUUAAAAAACAAUGACGAUUGUAGCAGGACUUGCAAUGCACGAUCUCUCCAUUGCCAUACACGUUUGCUCCUUUCCACCUUCCACUUUACCUCAUCACAGAGUCGGGAUUAUCAUACCCUGUAACAGGUACACGAAACUCCGGACCCGCUUCAUCGCAUUGGCAUUCCCUGCUACCUGCUCGCUAAAAGGCGUCCUGAGAAGGACGGCUGAGCAGACUUCGUCGCCAAGAACUACGCCGUACCGAAGGAAGCAGCCGCCGGCGGUCCUUGACAGAAGCGUCGACAUGAAUGAACUGUCCUUGUCCAUUGGAGAGACAACUAACGAACGAGAGCUCCACGCGUUGAUGUCGCCGUACAAAAGUCGGGAACUUUCCGCGCGAUUCAUGCUCACCCUCAUCUCACGCGAAUCCGACUGGCAACGCUGUCUCGCGCUGCUCGAUUGGAUUCACGAAGAGGCUCUGUACACCCCUUCCGUGUUCGCAUACAACGUCGUGCUUCGUAAUGUUCUCCGAGCCAAGCAAUGGCGCCUUGCCGCUGGACUGUUCGACGAAAUGCGCCAACGAGGCCUCUCACCAGAUAAGUACACUUACUCGACUCUAAUUACCCAUUUCGGGAAAGAAGGCCUGUUUGACGAUGCUCUAUCUUGGCUUCAGAAAAUGGAGCAUGACCACGUGACUGGGGAUCUGGUUCUGUACAGCAAUUUGAUGGAGUUAUCUCGUAAACUAUCUGAUUACCCAAAGGCUAUAUCAAUAUUCUCCAAACUAAAGAGCUCAGGGAUUACCCCGGACCUGGUAGCUUACAACACAAUGAUAAAUGUGUUUGGGAAAGCCAGGCUUUUUCGGGAAGCAAGUUUAUUGCUAAACGAGAUGAUGUCAAAUGGCAUUACCCCAGAUACCGUUAGUUACUCUACGCUUAUGAGUAUCUACAUGGAGAAUCGGAAGGUUCUUGAAGCUCUAUCCGUGUUUUCUGAAAUGAAGAAAGCAAACUGCCCGCUUGAUUUAACAACCUGCAAUAUAAUGAUCGAUGUGUAUGGACAGCUUGAUAUGGCGAAAGAAGCAGAUAGUUUGUUUUGGAGUAUGAGGAAGAUAGGGAUCGCACCAAACGUGAUAACUUACAACACCCUUUUAAGGGUUUAUGGUGAUGCCGAGCUGUUCGGCGAAGCCAUACAUUUAUUCAGAUUGAUGCAGAAGAAGAACAUCCACCAAAACGUCGUGACAUAUAACACAAUGAUUAAGAUAUACGGGAAAACGCGCGAACAUGAAAAGGCAAACAACCUUGUUAAGGAAAUGGAGACUAAAGGGAUCAAACCGGACACCAUCACAUUCGCUACUAUGAUCCACAUAUGGAGUAAAGCAGGAAAGUUGGACAGAGUCGCAAUUCUGUUUCAGAAGCUACGGUCUUCUGGGGUUGAAUUCGAUCAGGUUUUAUACCAGACGAUUAUCGUGGCUUAUGAACGGGCCGGACUAGUCGCCCAUGCCAAUCGUUUGCUGCAGGAACUGAAACGGCCCGAUAAUAUUCCUCGGGAAACCGCUAUAAUGGCUCUUGCAGGAGCUGGUCGGCUAGAAGAGGCAAUGUGGGUGUUUCGACGCAUGAUUGAUGCUAGGGAGGUGAAGAACAUAGAGAUUUUUGAGUGUAUGAUUGAUCUUUUUUCUAGAAAUAGAAGGUACAAAAAUGUCAUUGACGUGUACCGGAAUUUGAGAGAAUCAGGUUUUUCCCCGGAUUCAAACAUGGUUGUCAUGGUCCUUGAUGCUUAUGGGAAGUUGGGGGAGUUUGAGAAGGCGGAGUGUCUAUAUAGGAAGAUGAAUGAGGAGGAGGAACGGGUUUUGUCUGACGAUGUCCAUUUUCAGAUGUUGAGUGUGUAUGGGGCCCGGGGGGAUUUUGAAAUGGUCGAGACGUUGUUUGAGAGACUUGAAAUUGAUCCACGCGUUAACAAGAGGGAUUUGCAUCAAGUUUUUGCGGGUAUAUAUGAACGAGCAAACAGAGUAGAGGAUGCAUCUCGGCUUGUCAAUAGAAUGAGUGACAUGAAAGUCCUUUUAUCAUGAUCUCUCUCCCAGAAACAAAUUGUGUGACCAUUUGUUGUUUUCAUACAUCUCUCUAUCCCAGUGUAUAUAUGUAAACUGCGUAUGUAAUUCAGUGUAGAACAAAACUUAUUGUGUAGAUUUCUGUGUCUAUCACUCCCUCUGGUUGUCUCGUCCUUCACAAUUUAAUAGGUGGUCCUUAUGAUUACCAGGCAUUUAAG